CCCAUGUCGACCAAACAGUAAGUUGGAAUCCCCCUCGUUGCGAACCAUGGCGAAGUCGCGGUGGUUCCUCGGCCUGGCUGUGUUCAUCGGGCUCUUGGCGGCGUUCUGGCCACAGAUCGAAGAGGUUCUCUUCAAGGGAUGCCCCAUUACGUUCAUGGGUCUACGAGCGCCAAGUCAGGCGACGAAGAAGCCAGCGUUUGACGUGACGAAGGACAUCGGUCUGGCGCAUCUCCCGGCCUUUACCAUCGAGGAACUCAAGCAGUACGAUGGGACGGACGAAUCGCGACCAAUCUACAUGGCUGUCGGCGGCGUUGUUCUGGACGUAACCAGCGGAAGCAAGUUUUACCAGAAGGGAGCCGAGUACAAUCAAUUCGCCGGCCAGGCUUGCACACGUGCGCUCGCAUUAGCUUCCCUCGAUGUCAAGGACAUCAACGACGACGUGUCGGACUUCACACCAGCGCAAGAAAAGGAGCUGGAAGCGACCCUGUCGUUCUACCAAGGCAAGUACCCUAAGGUCGGCGUCCUUGCUGUGACGAGAUUCCCCGAAGACAAAUAAACGGGCUUCGAAUGCACAAUAGAUUUACAACGCAUCGUGCAUGCCUCGCUCGUCGUAGUUCUCACAGCCAGCUCGACCGCAUGACGUCGUCAACUCGACGUGCCAUUUUCGUUGUGC